CUCUACUUGAAUCGCUUGCCUUGUCUUACCAUGUAAAUGAAAUAAAAAAAAAAAUACCCAAAAAAAAAUUGUCCGGUUCGGUUGAUUUCGCUGGUCGUUCUCCCAUCUUUCUCCCGCUAAUCUCGCCUUUUCCCACAAAAUGUAGUACUUGUAGACUGUAGUAGUUGUCAACUGUAAUGAUAAAUUUAAUACAAAUGCAUAUACACCCAUUUUUUCUGUUAUAUCGAAUCCAACCACCAUUUUUAUUAUUUACUUAACUAAUCUAAUCCUCCAAUUCCUCUCUCUCUCAGUCUUCACCUCACUCCACAUUUCCCACUCAUGUCUCGUCUCUUCCUCUUUACCUUCCUCCUCCUCCUUCCCCUUUCUCGCUCUAAUAUCUCUUACCAUAUUGACUGCGGUGGCUCCAAUACUCACGUCGAUUAUUUCCAAACUACUUGGCUUUCCGAUCGUUUCUUCACUGGUGGUUCUACUUCAGUUGUGUCUGAACCUCUACAUUUCUCUCUUCCACAAGAGAAAACUCUUCGUUUCUUUCCUCCUACUACUUCUGGACCUAAGAACUGUUACAUUAUUCCUACUUCUGAUCGUGGCGGUCGUUUUCUUUUCCGUACUUUCACCGUUUAUGAUAAUUAUGACGGAAAAAAGCAUCCUCCUAGUUUUGAGGUUUCCGUUCAAGGUACUGUUGUUUUUAGUUAUAAAUCUCCGUGGCGGGAAAAUGUGUCCGCUGAUGGUUCUUACUCUGAUCUAAUUGCGUAUGUACCCGAUAACGAAGCUCGUGUUUGUUUUUAUUCAAUUGCUACUGAUCCUCCGAUUAUUGGAACCCUAGAAGUUAUUGAAAUUGAUUCGGCGUCGUAUAAUUUUUCAUCCGAUUUUGGGAAUAAGACGAUUUUGGUUAAUUAUGGGAGAUUAAGUUGCGGGCAACAUCACUGGGGUCCAGGUCUUACCAAUGAUACUGAUAUUGCAUGGCGGUUGUGGCAGUCCGACAAUUCCUUUCUGUCUAAGAACAGCAAGGGCGUUAAAGUAAUUUCAACGAUCAGAGAGAUAGCUGGGGCGAAUCAAAAGCCGAAUUAUUUUCCGAUGAAGUUGUAUCAGAGUUGUGUGACUGCGGGGGUAUCAGGGGUUUUGGAGUAUGAGUUGAAUGUGGAUGCUAAGCUUGAUUAUUUGUUGUGGUUUCAUUUUGCAGAAAUUACUGAUCAGGUGACUAAGGCAGGGCAAAGACAGUUUGAUGUAUUGGUAAAUGGGGUGAAUGUGAAUCGAUUUGAUGUUUUUAAGUCGGUUGGAGGGUUCAAGGCUUUUGAUUGGCAUUUUGUUGCUAAGAAUUUGAGUAGUACUACAUUGACUGUGAAGUUAAUUCCUGUUGUUAAAGAGCCUAUUCUUUGUGGGUUGGAACUGUAUGCUAUUGUACCUAAUGAUCUUGCUACUGAUCCUAAUCAAGUUUUGGCUAUGAGGGCGUUAAAGGAUUCACUUCGAGUUCCAGACAGAAUGGGAUGGAAUGGUGAUCCAUGCGCCCCAACAACUUGGAAUGCAUGGGAAGGAAUUGCAUGUCGUUCUAACAAAGAUGGGAAUGCUCUUGUUAUCUCUCAAAUUGACCUUGGGAGCCAAGGUUUGAAAGGAUUUAUUAGUGAUAAGAUCAGUCUUUUGACAAACUUGGCUGUCUUGAAUUUAAGUUCAAACUCUUUGACGGGUACUUUACCAGAGGGCCUUGGUCAACAAUCUCUUGUAAAGCUGGAUUUGUCAAAUAAUGAGUUCACAGGACCUAUUCCUGACAGUCUUGCUACUUCAAAUAAUCUGCGGCUAGUGCUGUUGAAUGAUAAUCACCUGGAAGGACUUGUUCCAGAGCAGAUUUACUCUGUUGGUGUCCAUGGUGGAGCAAUUGAUCUCUCUGCCAACAAGGGCCUGUGUGGUGUUCCUUCUUUGCCAGAAUGUCCUUUUCUUUGGAGAAAUGGCCGAUUGUCCAGUGCCGGUAAAAUUGCUAUAGGAAUAUCCUGUGUGGUUGUUUUCAGUAUACUGUUGCUCGUGACAUGCCUUUGUAUCAGAAGGAGGAGGAGCGAUUAUGACUUCGGUUUUCCACAUGAGUUAAUUUCAAUGGCUGCAAAAAGAAACCGCUAUCACAGACAAAAGUCCUUGAUGGUCCUCGAAAUGGAAAGCCAGCAUGCCAAAGGUUUAAUACCCUCAAUGAGACCUCCUCAAUAGCAUUAAACAUAUUUUGAAGGUAACAAUUUUGCAGCAACAUUAUUUGUGGCUAACCCGUAGCAAAUAGAAAAAGGUCUUACGACUACUGCUGAGAUAUUAUUGAAGAGAGCUCACUACAAUCAAGCAAGAUUUUGAUAGAUUUGGGCGUCUUUUCAAACUUUGCUGCGCAGUGUGGUCACGAAGCAACACAUUCCUUGAGAAAUACAGUGCUUCUUAUGUAUUUUUUUAGUGAUAGCAGAAAAGGUGAUGGUAUAGUCACGAAGCAACACAUCUGUAUGUAUUAUAGUCAGUUUCAGGCGUUUAGUUGCUUAUACGAUGUCAAACUUCCACUGUGAGAAAUGGUUUAAAGUUCCUACACAACUUGUUGAUGGUCCUGUCUGCCAAGUUCAUUUUUUCGUCAUUUGAUCUUAUUGAACUUAUCGUAUCUUGGCAGCUCAGUCGUGUCUAUGUAUUUUAUAUCUAAAUUUUGUAUAUUCUUUGUGCUAGUGUCCACUGGAACUCAUGUAUGCGGACUCGGAUCCUUACUGGCUUUCUGAGUCUGAAUGGAGUUUAUCAGUAAAUUUUGGCAGUUGAAAUUGAUGGAAUCAAACCCCUUUUUCUCUACGCUUCUGUAUCACAUCUUUUAAGCUUAUUGUUCUAUUGAAAGCUAAUACUUUAAUUG